GGAUCGGCGAUUUGGGUGAACAAACCAGGAGAUUUGCUGGCUGGGGUCGGGUGGGUACCUGAAGCGGGGACAUUGCGUGGCCAGAGUCGGUGUGAUUGAGGGUUGUCGUUUCGUCACUGAGGGGAUCAUUGGAACGUCAAAAGCCCACGAUGACUUCCAAUCAGAAAGAGUCGUCACAGGAGUUCGCGUGCAUCCAACCGAGGUUGCUUAUUAGUGCGCUCGCAACCUUUCGCCACGACCCGGCUGGAAAUUCGGGUGCAUAGCAAGCUUGGAAGUUCAAUGGAAAGUUUUCAGCAGAUACUUACCUUGAAUAAGUGAACGGAACAACGCACGGCAUCAGCGGCGUCAAGCAAAUUAUGUGGAGGAGUGGGUCUGGAGUUUCUUGUAGCAGGCAACCAAAGAUGUCUGCACUCGAAGCGCCAUGAGGGCCAAGCAAUAUGGCAUCAGGAGCGUUUUUGGCAUCUCUCAGGAGCUCCACAUCUUCUUCAUGUCUUAAAAGCUCCAAUGAAGCAACGUGAUGUUUGGUGCGUUGGUGAAAAAGCCUCCUUGAAAGCCGUGGCUGAUGGGGACGCAAUCUAUCGCCACAUGGUGGUCUAGGAAAAAUUGCGAUUGUGGAACGUGAUGAAGAAGGAUGUCAUUGGCCUGGAGCUUGCGUGAACAAGCUGGUACAUUGACUUUGCUCUGUCGGCAACUCGAAGGCACCCUGUGGCAAGCUUCUGCUGGCGCGAAUUGAACGAUUAGAUCGUUCGGAUGUGAGAGAGUGAGGACGGAGACACAUUUGGAAAGCGAGACAAAAGAGGUGGCGGUCUGGUUGGCGACAAUGUCACAGCGUGGAACUUCCAGGUUGCGCGUAUCCCCAUGGCGUGGCUGAGGCAUCAGGAGCUUAAUAAGACAAACACAUCAGGAGCCUGGUCGCCAGAGACUUUCACGUAGGUACCAGUACCUUUCAUAGGCUGAGCGUCGUGCCUGUCUUCUGGCGUGGCCUGUGUCAAGGGGGUUUCCACGCUGGCGUGGCCGAAACCGAACAUGAUGCUUGUGGUUUCGGUCUGCCUCAUUCGUCGUGUACCUUGGACUGAGCUCAUUAGUACAGCAACGAGCAACUGAUUUGGAAUCCAGCAGCAUGCAGGUGGCUGGAGGCGCUAAGAAGCACAUUGAUCAGCAAGCCCCCACAAACAAAGCUGAAAUAGAUGAAAAUAUCAAAGAAAACUGGCAGUUCGACAGGAACACUUCUCAGGUGAUUUUGGACAUUCUACAAGCGGAUGAACCACGACCCGUACCACCGGAAGGUAUACUUGUUGCAGGAUUUCGGAAAAAGGCUGAUGACUACUUGUGGCAUGUGGGCUUGACAAAGCAUGGUCAAAAGUAUGCCAACCUUGAAGUAUAUGUGACAGCUUUACGGGGUUGCAAGGGAGCCACAAAGGCAGAUUUUGAUGGUCUCGUGAAGAUUGCGGAAGACUGCGAGGAGCCCGUGCUCUUUCGGUCCAAGGCUUGGCAGGGGCUGGGAGUUUUUUGGUUGCACAAGGGCGAUCAGCACGAAUCAGCAGAGUGUUACCGCCGAGCAUUGAACUCCAUACAAAGUGCCACUGCCAGAGAAAAGAACAGAGUUAUUCGUGGCUCUCUUGGUGACAACCCCCAAAAAGGAAGAAGAAGAGUCGAAACUCUCCUUGGUGAUACUAAAAUGGAGCUUGAAGCAGACUUGACAAGGAUGAAAACGACAGCACGGCCAGCAAGUGUGGCAAAUGCUUUGGAGGUUCGAUUUGAAUUCCACGACAUGUUGAAAGGGGCAACGUUUCCAGAAUUCUGUUGUCAUGUUCCUGCAACUCGACCUGAUCUAGCCGAGAGGAUUCGAGUUGGAGGCUUUGCCUGUGACUGUUGUGGCAAAUCUCAAGAGGAGCUUGGGCAGAUCCAAAUGAAGUGCUGCCUCAAGUGUAACAUGGCACACUACUGCUCCACUGAUUGUGAAGAGGCAUCAUGGAAAGCUGGUCACCAACAGGCAUGCAGACCUGUUGGGAAAAUCCAAGCGGGAGACAUCAUGCAGCUUGUUCCAUCCAAGUCACUGAAGCCAGAACUCAAUGGGGAACUAGUCACGAUUGUAGAAGCAGAUCUCCAGAAGAAAAGCCAUUGGAUAGCAGAAUUGCUUGUCGGUGAGCUUGCCGUGAUGCAUGACAUGGUGGGGCCCAUGAGGAUCAAAGCAUCCAAAAUGCUACAUAUUCGUCCUGCAAAGUAGCAAUGCUUUAGUUUUGGAUUCUAGGAAUAGUUGAUAAUAUCCAAAUAUUGGUAGUUAAAGCAACUCCCAGCCA